AGGGGCAGCAAUGGCUUCAUCUCACGGCAAGAGCGACCUGCAGUUCGCGGAAUGGAUGGCCGGUCUGCCCGAGCGGAUCCACAGGGUGCCCCUCACCAGCCUCGCCAUCCCAGGAUCACACGACUCAUUCAGUUUCUACAUCGAUGAAGCAUCUCCAGUUGGACCAGAACAACCGGAAACUGUCCAGAACUUUGUCUCUGUUUUUGGUACAGUUGCCAAAAAGCUGAUGAGAAAGUGGUUGGCCACUCAGACCAUGAACUUCACGAGCCAGUUGGAGUCUGGAAUAAGGUAUUUCGAUCUUCGGAUUUCAACUAAACCCAGAGACCCCGAUAACGAGCUCUAUUUUGCUCAUGGCUUAUUUAGUGCCAAAGUCCGUGAAGGUCUUAAAGAGAUCAACGCCUUUCUGUCCAGUCACAAGAAGGAAGUGGUAUUUUUGGACUUUAACCAUUUUUAUGGCAUGCAAAAAUCCCAUCAUGAAAUGCUGGUGCAAAUGCUCAAGGACAUAUUUGGGAACAAAACUUGUCCGGCUAUCUUUGCCCAGGAAGUUAGUCUUCAUUAUCUUUGGGAAAGGAAUUACCAGAUCUUGGUGUUCUACCACAGUCCCGUAGCUCUCGAGGUUCCUUUCCUUUGGCCUGGGCAGAUGAUGCCAGCACCUUGGGCCAACACAACAGAUACAGAAAAAUUAAUUCAGUUCCUACAGUCGUCAAUUACUGAACGCAGAAAGAAAGGUUCCUUUUUUAUAUCUCAAGUGGUAUUAACGCCAAAAGCUAGUACUGUGGUGAAAGGGGUUACCAGCGGACUAAGAGAAACCAUCACAGAACGCGCUCUCCCCUCCAUGAUGCAUUGGGUGCGGACGCAGAAGCCGGGUGAAAGCGGGAUAAAUAUCGUAACGGCGGAUUUUGUAGAAUUAGGGGACUUUAUCAGCACUGUCAUCAGACUAAAUUAUCUACUGGAUGGAGAAGACGGCACCACUUGAUGCAAGUGCAAGAAACCUUCCCCACAGACAUGAAAUGCUGCAGUGUAAUUGUCGUAGCAAUGUUUUAUUGUACCGCACAAAACUCUUCCUACCGAUUCUCAAUCUCCAUGUCGCUUGGGUUUCUUAUCCAGAAGUUAAAUGAUGAGCAUGAAAAAAUGUAAAGGGCUCCUCCAGGAUCUCUGCUACAACAGCACCACUCCUGUCCUCAGGUUGUGUGUGGUAUUGCAGCCCAGCCCCAUUCACUUCAAUACCAAACACGACCUGUGAACAGCGGUGGCACUGUUCGAAAUCCUGGAUGACACCAGAGAGAAGAGGACAUGCUUAUAUUAAUGUUACUUUGUAUGGGAUUUGAUCUUUCAAACCAAAGUAUAAAUGUGUUACAGUAUUUCAUGACUUUGCUUGUCACGUAGAAUCUGCAACUUUUUGGUAAUGCUUUUUCAGUGGUUUUGCCCCUUCCUGUAUCGUUUUUGCUCUUAGUUUAUGGUAACAAUAGUAACAUCUCGCCUCCCAACAUUUCAGUACCAAAGCAAGCUCUGCCCAAGGAUGACCACAAAAUUUCCCCAAAUUGCCCACUUUGGAGGCCAUUUACAUAAGCCCUGCCCCUUGGAGGUCCUUUUUUUGUGAUUGGGACCACCUACCCUCUUUAAACAGUCCUCAAAAGUACUGUGCAAAAAAUGUAUGCAGCCUCAUGGCCAAUCAGAAGUGCUGUAAGUGACUUCACAGCAGGAAGCGCUUCUGAUUGGCUGCAGUGCUUAAAAUUAUGGGAAUAUGUUGCAUUCCCUGCCAGCGCCAAUUGGCGCUUCAGUGGACCACAUAAAGGGUGCAGGCCUGGAGUUUUUGAAUUUCUUUUUUACACUGAAAGGACUGUGCACAAUGUUAUAUGUACACGUAGCACGAGAGUUCUGAAAGGAUGGAGCUCUACGAUGGCUGCCGGUACUGGUGAAUUGCAAAAUUGUAGCCCAUCGAGAUGACACAAAUUGGGCACGUGGCAGAUGUGUUUUAUGCAGCUACAUGCAAGUUGUAGCUACUGAAUGACGUUGUGUUGAGCCAGUGGCCCCCCAGAAGAGACUGGCCAUGGAUUGAUACAAUGUAUUUUGUGUGCUCGUGUGUAUGAAGCUGCAAGUUACUUUGUUUCCUCCGUUAUAUGUGUGGUCUCUUGCUUACAGCGUCUCCACCACGUUGCUCAUAAAGAAGCUCA